CAAAGGUCGCGGUGCAUGCGCCACGGCCGUGGCUUGAAGACCGCGUUCGUCGACACACUCUGGAAGCGACGACAGCGCGUCCUGCUCCAUAUGAGCGAUUUGCAUGAAUUUACGGCCGCCGAGGUGCUUCGCCAUGCCUCGACCGACGACUGCUGGCUCAUCCUCGGCGACGACGGCCGCCAAAAGGUCUACGACAUCACCGCAUUCUUGGAGACGCACCCAGGUGGGCCCGAAAUUCUCAUGGACCUCGCGGGCCAAGACGCCCACGAAGAGUUCAAGGAGGUCGGGCACUCCAAGGCUGCCCAGGACAUGGUCGAGCAGCUCUGCAUUGGCCGGCUGCGCAUCGACGGCCGGCGCAAGCCCAAGCGCAGCCGCGUCGUCUUGCCCGUUGCCGUCAACGACGAGACGAGUCCACGCAACGACCGAUUGGUGGCGCUCAUGGGGGUGCUCAUGGCGCUUCUCUUUGGCUAUUUACUCGUGCCCAACUCGGUCCUGUAAUGUCGUCCAGAAUGAUGCCACUACCACAAGAUAAGUUGAUCGACGACUGCUAUUUGU